UAUGCUUAGGAAUCAUUCAGGAUAAGAUUAGUUCUUGAUGCGACAAAGAUCGUGAAUCGGUCUGAGUAUUAUGGGCUGCAUUUGCUCAAAAGGAACAGCAGAAGAAGAAGUUAAUGACCAACAUGAGAAACCAAAAGAGAAUUGGAACAAAACGUCCUCAGUUCAAUUGAUUGCACCUGUAACUUCUAAGAAAGAUGAGUUUUCGCAUAAAUCCGUUGACGGAAGCUCUGGUGGACGCAAAGCUGAUGGAUUAGCGCAUAAACCAUCCGCUAGAGCUAGCGGAUUGAUUGUUCCUGUUGAUGAUAGUGAUGGUAAAACAGUUAUUGUUGAGAGACCUACAAGGUGUCACCGGAGAUGGCCAACUGCAGAUAUUGGGACAGGAGGAGGAGGUGAAGCCAUCAAAGGUUGGGUUCCACGACGUGCAGAGUCUUUUGAGAAGCUGGACAAAAUUGGACAAGGGACUUACAGCAGCGUGUACAGAGCCCGGGAUCUUGAGACCGGUAAAAUGGUAGCCAUGAAGAAGGUCAGCUUGUACCUUGUGUUUGAGUACAUGGAGCAUGACCUUUCGGGUCUCGCUCUUAGACCCGGUGUAAAAUUUACUGAAUCACAGAUCAAAUGUUACAUGAAACAACUGCUUAGUGGGCUUGAACACUGCCACAGCCGUGGAAUCCUUCACCGCGACAUUAAAGAACUGUUUUUAGGGAAACCAAUCAUGCCCGGAAGAACAGAGGUGGAGCAAAUGCAUAAGAUCUUCAAGUUAUGUGAACCAGAGAAGCGUGGCACAGCUUCUUCGACGCUAAGUAGCAAGUUCUUUACAAUGGAACCACUCCCUUGUGAUGUAUCAAGUUUGCCCAAGUAUCCUCCAAGCAAGGAACUUGACGCAAAGGUCCGUGAUGAAGAAGCAAGAAGGAAAAAGGCUGAAACCGUGAAGGGUCGUGGACCUGAAUCGGUCAGACGGGGUUCGAGAGACUUCAAGAGUACUGCUACAACACCGGAGUUCGUUGCUUCAGGGCAGUCAAAAGACACAAUCACCACCAAAAGGUUCAAUCCUCAGGAAGACAGUAGAACCGGUUUGAGAGGAGAGGCGGGAAGAGGCGACAGAGAGAAAGGCUUUUCUCAUACCAAUUCAAUGAUUCAUCCAAGCAUAGCUGCAACAUGGAGUAAAAAUGAGAGCUCUAGGAACAAUGUAGUUGAGCUAAAGGCUACUCGAUCGAGCAACGUGCCUAUGACUGGGAGAUACUUGUCUCCUUCACAUAAAGAAGAUGUAGCCGUAGAAACCACAACGACAUACGUACGCAAGAAGAACAGAAUACAUUGUUCGGGUCCAUUGAUGCCUCCUGGUGGAAACAUUGAGGACAUUCUAAAAGACCAUGAGAGACAAAUCCAAGAGGCUGUAAGGAAAUCGCGGCUUGAGAAAUCUGCAACAAGGAAAAACAACAAAACAUGUGCUAAGUAGAAGAAUAAGACAUGGAUGAAACCUUGCUAACAUCGAAACAAGAAAAAAGAUUACAUGAA